UGAAAAUAUAACCUUAGAAAUAUUUUGAUAUCCUCUCAGUAAACAAGUUUUUUAAAAUGUUAUCUAUAAUAAGGCAAUUGGAGGAGAAAAAGGUGGCAAAUGAGAUCGAUAUUUUGGUAUGGAGCGACCGCAUGGACCUCGUUGCUUUCUCCAACAUAAAGGGGGAUGUUUCACUGCACCGAUUGACUUGGACAAGAGCAUGGAUUUUACCACCAUCCAAGGAGGGUUUGCUGGUCAGGGCAAUGGCUUGGAGACCUGAUGGAAAAACAUUAGCUAUAGGUUACAAUUCAGGGGAAGUUCUCUUGAUUAAUGUUGAGAAUAAGACUACAUUGCAUACACUGGAUAUAAAGGAGGGUGAGAUCACAUAUAUCUCUUGGACACAGGAGAAGAAAAAGGAUCCAGCUGAGAAGAGGUUGUUGAUGGAACAGGAGGAGCACAACAAAUAUACACAACAUAUUGAUCAAUCCUCAAUAUUCUUGCCAAACCCACCAAGUUUAUCAACAUAUAGCACAUCUUCAGGGCAAGAUGAGACUAUAGCAGAUAACUUUUUCCAGAAUCAAAAGGAAUUAAAUCUUCUGGCUAUUGGCACCAGCGAGGGUUUCGUUCACUUGAGCAUUUUCGGCUGCUUUUACUGCGCCAUCCUCAAUGUAAAUGAAAUAAUCGGAGUCGGAAAGUCCUGCCAAAUAGUCGACCUCUACCUUUCAGAGCUCCUCGAUCGUCUUUACAUCACUGUGAAAGAUAACGAGCAGUCGACGAAGGUUCUUGUACUCAACUCGGAGAUAUUCAACACUCACGUCAAAGAGUUAUUCAACUACGCCAUAAAGUACAAGCAGAUUGAGGUGUUAGUUGAGUAUUUAUCAGAGGCGAUCUCGUCUAUAACGGAAGCUUGGGAGAAUAUCUUAUUGGAGAUGGAUUCGAAGCUGGCAAAGUUCGCAUCGCAGACGCCGACUGGGACGUUGUCUGCGGAUUUUCUGGAUCUGUUGAUGUUCGGGAACAGCUCCGAAUUAAUGCAGAGCUUCCUUCUGCAAGAUUUAACCAAGAAGGGUUUGGAGAAGUUCGGACAAAGCAUCGAGAUGAGUUACGUGAACAUCCAGAAGUUGCUGCUCAAGAACGUCACCAAAGUGGCUCAAAAUAUCACUUAUCAUUUGGGAGAGCUGAGAGGGAUGGCGCGUUUAGAACAUAGAUAUAAGCUUUUAGGAUUGGAUGAGAAGAAGAUCAAUGAAGCCAUAGCUUCGAAUGGCGCUUUUCUGAUAAAGAGCGGCGAAAUGCAGCAGAUCAUCAACAAUUCCAUGCUCAAUUACAAAGCGUUCUUCCGUUGGUUGUACACGGCUAUUAUACAUCUUAUUUACGAGACUGUCCCGAACGAAAUUCCAAAGAUGACACAACAGGAUUUGGCGUACAUCACCGCUUUCUUGAAGAACUUUGAUGAUAUUACUGGGCACAAUAACACGACGAUCGGAGGAACGGAGAAAAAUACUGGGUUCAUCAUGGAGAGAUUGGGACAAUAUCUUGCGGAUAGUCCACUGCAUAUUCUACCAAACAUGGAACACAACGAAUGGGACAACUUUUUGCAGCACAACGAAUGCAUCCGGGCCCAUCCUUCGGUAAUAAAACACUUCAAGGAGAUGUCUUUGUUGCAGCAAUUUAAGCAUCUGGAAAAGGCGCUUAUGGAUAUCUUCAAUGAACCUCACGACCUGAUAUCAGCCGAUAUAACUCUGAUCAAGUGCAUCAACUGCAACACGAGCUCUUCAUGGACGUUAGUCUCAAAAAUCAAUGCCAGCAAUGGAUCGUUACUCUUUGCGUUCAACUCGGAUACCCAUCACACCGAUUCGUUUUAUUUGCUGGAAUUUGAUCCGGUCACGUUUGUUACGAAAGCUGCGCUCGUCAAAAUCCCAAAGUAUUUCAUAACAGAUUUGAAAUUCUACAAUGAAAACAUCGUGUCCUUGCUGCUGCAAGAACCCAGCACCAAGCACGCCGUUCUUUAUCAGUGCUCGAUCGCUACGAUUCGCGAAAGAUUGCAGGAGAUCGACGUGAGCGAAGAAGUGGCCACGCAAAACCUAGUGCAGGUGGAUGGCCUGCAGAACAACCAACACACGCUUAAGAGUAUUUCAAUGGUCUCUUCCAAGUUCGCAGUUUCGGGCGCCAGAAGGGUUUCCAUUGUUUUAUCGGAGAAUGGCAAGAAAGUCAUACUUUUCGAGAUGGAAGGAGACGAGGAGGAGGAAGAGGAUGCAGACAUGACUGCUAGCACUCUUAGGGAAGCUGAUGUUAGUAUGCAAGAGAACAGCGAUGCAGAAUAAAGAAUUUAAA